AUGCUCCGCUCACAGCGCGCAAGUACCGGUCGAAAAGACAGCGACCCUGCGAUCUGUGCCGCGGACGAAAAACCGUCUGCAAAGUUCUUCUUGGGACCGAUAAAAAAGCAGCAGCCGCGGCCCCAACCCAGCGAGGGCCACCUUCAGACUAAUCCCUCCCAAGAUCAGAGAGCCUCUGGGAACACUCCAGAGGACCCGAUGCGAUGCGAGCCACGCAAUAUCGCUAGUGGGCCUGUGGAUAGUUCGUUUGAUGUCGACAUGUUCUUGGCCCCUCCAGCCACCGCUCAGACACCAACAUUCAACCCCCAAACUGCAUCGCUGAACACUAUCGAGUGGCCGUUUUUGGAGCCUUUUGAUGAAGAUGGUACCGACUUCGAAAGUCGACCUUCGACGGCCGAAUCUCGAUCUCAAGCAGAAAGUCUAUCGCCAGUUCAACUAGAGAACAGAGACGAGCAGCAGCGUCUCAUUGAUGCGCCCGCGAUUGGCAGCGAACAAUCCGAUUUCCACGAAUACACCUAUCCUGCCGUGUCUAAUGAUGUAUUGUCAAUGCCGAGCGACGGGGAUUGGCCCGAGGGAUUCUCUCUGGACACACGACGGGGAUACUCGACGCAAUUGAUCGGUUUGUCCAACGAGACGGACCCCUUCCUCCUACGUCACUUUCAAUACGACAUGUUCGAUAAUUAUACCAUGUGCCGACUCAUCUACCGCAAGAUGACAGACGAUGUGACUAUGCAAAAUCAUAUUAACAGUUCUACUGCGGGCGAGACUCUGAAGAUCCCAGCCAGCGAAAUCCCCAUCCAUUUUCAGGUAUUCGACGACUCUAUUUGUCACGAGAAUGUGAGAGCGAUGGAGAGGGACUUUUCGGUCUACAAUUCCGAGGCGGAGGAUUGCAAUCUGCUUUAUAAAGUCGUUCCGAAAGGCUUAGGCUUUCGGCUUUUGAACCUCUUUUUCAAAUUCGUUCAACCUUCAUAUCCGGUCUUUUCCCCGCGAGAUUAUGAGCAAUUCAACACUGACAACGGAUAUGAUCUUCCCGUGGGCCUUAAGGCAGCGAUGUAUGCCUUGGCCAUGCCAUUUUACUUCUUGGACGACCAUCUCUGUAUGGACAAAGGGUACCUGGAGCAGCCGCCAACGGACGGACUGUGGGGAAUUGCCCAAAGAAGUUUGCAACGCCAUUUCCAAAAACCGCACCUCUGGUUGGUUCAACUUUGCUUGUUACUAUUGCAGAGGCCACCCGCAAACUUUGCUGUUGGGGAUUUACCAGGAUUAUGGGCCUUGUCCUGCUCGGCCCUCGCAGCUGCCGAGUCACUGGGACUGCAUUUGGACCCGUCAACAUGGCGCCUGCCGCGGUGGGAAGUUCGCCUGCGGAAGCGAUUGUGGUGGAUUAUAUACUCUGAUCAUACCUGGCGUGCGUUGGUCUCCGGGCGCCCUUCCCAUCUAAGGUCCGAUAGCUGGAUCGUUCCGAGGCUCAGACCGGAGGACCUGGAAGCGGAUGAGUAUAGGAAUGUUGAGGUCGGCAACGUGAUUCGACAGCAAAGUGCGUACUCACUCGCGUUGUGUGAAUUGAGCGUGAUAGCCAAUGAUAUUCUCACCGAUCUGUAUAGCGCGAGAGCAGCGUGUGAGGCAAAUACUCUACCUGAAAUCUUGGCUCGCGCACAACCACUCAGGGCAAGGCUGCGGGAAUGGCAACACUCUGUCUUCAGGGAUCAGGACACCGAACUCGACUCUGGUGGGUUUCGCCAAUACGUUCAUUUACGUGUGGCACUCAUGACACUGGAGGUACUCCUCUUCCGAGCCAUCCUUCGAGCUCUAGUCUUCCCGCCUCCUUCGGGCGAUGAGAGUUAUACACAGUUACACUCCGAAAUCCUUCAAGACAGUCAAUCAUGUGCUGAAUCGGCAGUUGAGCUAACCUCGCGUCUCACAUCGACACAUUUCGUUAAUUUUUGGCCUUCGUCCCUAGCUGACUCUGGUUUUCCUUCAGAUGCAAGAUACUUCUUUGCCUACAUAUCAACAUUUAUACUUCUUCUUUUCGUGCAGUCACCUUCUAUGGAAAUGGCUUCCCAGAACAAAGCACUGCUCGAAAAAUGGAGAGAGAUCAUUCGAGCACAGGCACGAGCUUGGCCGGUUCUAAAGCUCGCCGUUAUUAGACUCGAUGCCAUUUUCUUUGCGGGUCUGGAGAAGGUGGUGAACUCUGCGCGAAUGGAUAGCCCGGCCCAGAUCCUGCUAAUUCUACAGCAGCCACAAUUUGCAAACCCCUGA